AUGCUGCUUCCAUCUACCAAAUACUCCGUCACAGAACCAUUGCUACUGGGUUCAUGUGUCGUCGCUACCCUUCUCCCUCUUCUUCUCCUGUUCAAACUUAUACCACGUCGGCACGAUGACAUCCCCCACAUCAACCCCCCUCCCGUCUUGGACCUUUUUGGCCAAAAGACGAAGAAACAUUUCACCUCCAACGCCGGAAAGCUCAUGGAGAGCGGGCGCAAGCUCUUCCAGGGGAAACCAUACAGGAUGUUCACUGACCUCGGCGAGCUUGUCGUGCUUCCCUCCAAGUACAUUGAUGAUUUCCGGAAUGAGCCGGGCCUGAGCUUCAUGACGGCUUUCAUUGACAACUUUCAUCCUUCGUUGCCCGGCUUCGAAGGCUUCGCGUUCGACGGCCGUCCGGACGAGCUUCUUCAUAGAACCAUUAACAAGAGACUCACAAAACUCCUAAGUAAGCCGUGUCCCCCGUGUUCAGCAAUCCUGGUCUCAAACAUUGCACAAGACCAGAUUACUUCACCACUGGCGGCAGAGGCGAAUUUCGCGACCAAUCUCGUCCUCGGAAAAUCAAACGAAUGGCAGGAGACCCCGAUCAAGGAUGCCACACUGGAACUAGUCGCCCGCUUAUCCUCGCGUGUUUUCCUCGGAGAAGAGCUUUGCCGGAAUCAAAAAUGGCUCGACAUCUCCAAGUCCUACAGCAUCAACAUCUUUCUCUGUGGAGAGUUACUGCGACAAUACCCUCAUUUUUUCAGACAUGCCGCAUGCUACUUCAUUCCCGAAUGUCAGCUGCUGAGGAAGCAAGUCGCUGAUGCUCGAAAACUAAUGACGCCAAUCCUGCAAAAGCGACGAGAUGAACGACGAAUCGCCGAGACGAAGGGGAAGCCUGCGCCAGUGUAUAACGAUGUAAUGCAAUGGGUUGAGGAAGAAAGUAAGGGGAGCUCUUACGACCCUGUUGGAGCCCAGCUCGGGUUCUCUGUCGUCGCGAUGCACACCACGACAGAUCUGGCGACGGAGACCAUGUGCCGGCUCAUUCAACGCCCGCAGCUGGUACACGAUCUACGCGAAGAGAUUGAAAGUGUGCUGGUGAAGGAGGGCUGGACCAAGACGGCUCUUUUCCAGAUGAAGCUACUCGAUAGCGUUCUCAAGGAAGCGCAAAGGCUGAAGCCUACGACCUCGGCGACAAUGAACCGGACAGCUAUAAAGCGCGUCACGCUUCCCAGCGGCCUGGUUCUUGAGAAGGGUGACCGCUGUAUGGCAGACCUCGGUUCCAUGGUGGAUCCUGAAGUCUAUGAGAACCCAGAGGUUUUCGACGGGUAUCGGUACUUGCGCAUGCGCGAAGACCCAAAGCUCGAGAGCAAAGCCCAUCUCGUCAGUACCUCGUCGAUACAUCUGGGCUUCGGUCAUGGGAAGCAUGCUUGCCCUGGAAGGUUCUUUGCCUCGAACGAAGUCAAGAUUCUUUUAUGUCACUUACUUUACAAGUACGAUUGGGAUAUUGACAGUGCGUACGAACACAAGAUUAGGGAGUUCGGAAUCAGUCUUUCCUCUGGAGAUGGCCUGAAGGUUUCUUUCAGGAGACGAGAGAACUUGGCUGUUGACAUUGACAGCCUCUGA